AUGGAGCGCACGCCAAGUCCGCGGAAAGUGAUGUCCCGCUCUUCAGGUCAGCAGGGAGGGCGGACACGCACAACAGGAACAGGAAAGCUGCCGAAGCGGUUUAAGCGUGUUGCUGUCUCCUUUCAACACAAGCUCAGCGUGAUCGAGUUCUACGACGCAGUCGUUACUAAGGAGAAAAUGCGCGACACAGUCAACUACUUCUACCCUUCGCUCACGGCAGCCCAAUUAAAAGCCAAAAAGCGACAGGUCUACAACUGGCUGAACCAGCGCGAUCUAAUUAUCGACAAGCCAGCCGAGAUGCUGCGCCGAGUCCUCGUCGCCGGCGGCGCCCCGGCGUGCCAACGAGUGCUGCAUCAGGUGCGCCACUUCAGCCAGACGCCUGCUGCCCCGCUGCUAAAGGCGCACGCCAAAGCUGCGAAGCCUAGCGCCGCUGUAGCCCUCAGCUCCCAAGCCAGAGUGCUGGAGCUGGUGGAGACCCAGCGGACGUGGCAUCGGACGGCGAACAGCAGCGCUCUGAGUUACUGGAAGUCGGCGGCACUGGCUGCCGGGGCGUGCGGCGCUCUGGGGUUGCUGGACGAGCAAAACCCGACUGUCUGUGCUGCUAGCAAGGGCAGCGAGGAGGACCCGCUGGAGCAGGCCAAGAAGAAGGUGCAGGAGCUGUCUGCCAGUGCGAUCGCGCAGAUCGCAGCGCUGCUGCCGGAGGACUACAGCAACCUGCAGAAGCAGGUGGACGAGUUCCUGGCCUCGGGCAAGGGCGGCCAAAUCUCCUGGGGCUUCUGCAUGGGCGCGUGCUCGGGAUUCGCACUCAAGAAGGUGUCCAAGCUUGGCGCGGUGGCGAUCGGAACGAUCUUCAUCCUGCUACAGUGCGCGAGCUACUCGGGGUAUGUGGACGUGGACUACAAGAAGCUGGAGCGCGAUGUCAGGAACUACCUCGACAUCAACAAGGACGGCGUGUUUGAUACCAAGGACCUGGACUCCAUGUACAAGUCGCUCAUGAAGGUGCUGGAGUUUAGCCUGCCCGCUGGCAGCGGCUUCGCGGCCGGCUUCGUGCUGGGGUUCCGCUCCGGAUAAGGCCGGACAGCAAACAACAAACAGCAAGUUACUCUCCCCUCCACUCGUGUGCCCUGCGUUGCUGAGCAAUCGAUGUUGUAGGAAUCUAACAGCGGCAGAGGAUAUGCAGCGAUGUCCAUCAACGGAUACCAUGCUAAAACAAGUUUUGACCUGCCACGUC